GCCCUCCGCUUCCCUAAGUUAAAGAGGAAGAGCGGGCCGUUAGGUGGCUGGUUGGGUGAAUUGACCUCUGCCGCGGCCGCGAGCCAGCCGCCGUGCUUCCGGCGGCCGGAGCCCCGCGCACGCUCGGAGCCAUGCUGAGGAGCUGCACCGCGGCACUGCGCACGCUCCGGGCCCUGCGCGGCAGGCGGGCAGCUAGGGACCCGGUACCCGCGCGGAGGUGGUUUUCUACUGAGAAAGUCAUUCUUAAGGACCAUGCUCUCCCCAACCCCAGCUGGAGCAAGGACUUAAGACGCCUCUUUGACCAGUUCAUGAAGAAAUGUGAAGACGGUGCCUGGGAACGUUUGCCUUCAUAUAAAAACUCAAAACUUGUGAAAGAACAGCUGUCACAGGCCCAGCUCUUCACCAGAGGCUAUGAGGAUGGCCUGGGCUUUGAAUAUGUGAUGUUCUAUAACGAUGAUGAGAAAAGGACAGUUUGCUUGUUUCAAGGAGGUCCUUAUCUGCAAGGAGUACCUGGAUUCCUUCAUGGAGGUGCCAUUGCAACAAUGAUUGAUGCUACUGUUGGUAUGUGUGCAGCUAUACCUGGGGGAAUUGUCAUGACUGCCAAUCUCAACAUCAAUUUUAAAAGACCUAUCCCUCUUUGUUCUGUUGUUGUGAUAAAUAGCCAACUUGAUAAAAUUGAGGGGAGGAAAUUGUUUCUUUCUUGUAAUGUUCGAAGUGUUGAUGAGAAGAUCCUGUACUCAGAGGCAACAAGCUUAUUUAUAAAGCUGGAUCCUGAAAAAAGUUUGACAUAAAAGAGCUUCUGGUGAAUUCCACACCAAUCUGCGUAAGGCUGUCCCUCCUCCAGAAGAAGCAGUUGUCUUCAGUCCUGUUCUACUCAUCCACUGUUGAAUCCCCCAUCGGGUGAAGCCUGCUAACACGGACCUUCCUAAACAAGUCUUUUGAAUACAAUUCCAGUAGCUCCAUUUCCACCUUCCAAACUUUUUUACACAGAGACACUCCCUGUGAGAGUAUCAGCAGUUCUUUCUGUCUCCUUAGGAUAAGUGUCUGGUUCUCCUAAAAUUUGAAUGGGCUCCUUAAGUUUGCAUAGGUGUGAUGUCUGAUCCAUUGCAUUCUGGAGAAAAAAAUCAUGUUGAAACUUUUACCACAAACUUGGAAAUGCCAGAAAACCAAAGGAAGGAAUAAAUAUGUGGGUGCACAAA